AUGUCUCCCUCCUUGAGACCCAAAUCCAAAUGGACUCAGACGAGCAUCCAAGACUUACCUACCAUCCCCACAAUCGAGGAGAUGACGUCUUGGGAUAAGGAGAAGGUGGUUCGGUGGAUCCUGCAAAGAGACAAGGGCCUUCUGGAAGGGCAUGAUUUGAAAUAUUUUAAGCAGGCAAACAUCCGCGGAAGAGCCUUCUUAAGGUCCAGUUACGACUUCUUCCGUAACGAGUGUAGCUUGUCCCCUGGAGCCAGUCUAGAACUCGAGGAACUUGUGGAUGAAGUUAAGAAGGACAAUCUAUCCAAGAAGAGGAAGAGGGAUGAAGCAGACAUAGCUGAGCCGUCCAUCUCGCCGAAAAGACAUCGUCAUGAAGAUUCAUUGCCGCCACUCGCCGCCAAAGCUCGUGAGCGACGGAAACAUAUCAGAGAGAUGAUCACUGCCGUGAGCGGCUUUUCCGACCAGCACUCUAGUUCCGUCGAUCCCUCUUAUCCCCUUCCUGAAGCCGUCGACAAACUCUCCGACCCUGCCUUUAGAGCCACAUUUCUGUUCCCAUUUGUCGGUGUCGCAACGCCAAUUCGAUUCAAGUUGGUCAACGGAAAAUGGCAAUACGUGGGAAGAAUGAAGUUUAAGGACCUUCUUCAAAAGAUGGAGGGUGUGCGAGUCAGUGAGAAUUACACCACCACUUGGCUCUAUGGUACUCGGGGAUAUGGGAAGUCUCAUCUGCUAGCCGCCCUGGUGUGCUAUUUGGCUGCUCAAGAUGUCAAGGUCGUCUAUAUCCCGGACUGCCGUGAGUUGGUUAAGGACUUCAUUGAAUACGUCCGGGCCGCAAUGCUGUUUGCUUGGGCAGACGAUAUCGCCGCUCUGGAGGAGAUCAUGACCCUGGAAACUGAGGUAGGCAUCAGAAACUUCCUUAGGAGGCAGGAUAACGUCACGUUUGUCAUCGAUCAGAUGAACGCCUUGAAGGUCUCUACCGAUAAUACAAAGCACGUGGAUGAGUGGUUAAAUCGUUUCGCUUAUGGCCACAAUAGGGUCUUCAGCUCCUCCGCAAACUAUACGGACUACCUUGAACAGUCGAUCAGACAGAAUUCGAACAAUGUGCUACAGGUGUAUGGCGGGUUGGAUAAGAUGGAGAUGGAGCAGUGGUGGAAGCAACAUGACAAGAUCGACAUGGGAGGCUACGACCGGAAUAGAGUCGAAGACAUCACAGGGAGCAUCCCAUUACUCUUGGACAAGUGCGUGGUAGAUGGAAAGAUUGAUUUGACCGUGGAAGAGUUGCAGGACGUCUAUGACAAAGCCGUGGCUUUCGUGCAGAAAACGAGCGAAGUCACACAGGGAAGUUCUUCGAGAUGGCAGUGGUAUUGUGACUUCGUAACGGCGUGCCUCUGCCACAAGCAGGUGCCGUAUGGAUUGAAUAGGCAUCUCGACCUGGUGGACCAUCGAUAUUUCUAUCGGUAUCGCUAUCAAAACAACUGGUAUGGUGGCUACACGUGCGGGUUGGCCCGUAACGCUGUGGCAGACCAGCUCCUUAGGAAGGGCAUUGAUUUCGCCAAUACUGACUUUCUACUUGCGACUUUCAUCUAUCCGGUCGAGGGGUUUAGCUAUCGGCAAGAGAAUCGUAAGGGAGAUGAAGUUAAAGAUACUUGA